CAUGCAAGCUAGCUCACUGGCUUGGUUGGAAGAACGAUGUAUUCACCUUCUAAACAGUUAAUGACUCCAUUGUUGCUUCUCUCUCUCCUUUUCCAAAUAUGCGUUUCCCAAGAUACCAUAACGCCGGACGAGCCUCUUAAAGACGGUGACACCCUCGUCUCCAACCGAGAAACGUUUGCACUUGGAUUUUUCAGCUGGCCUGCCAAUUCCAGCCGUCGCUACGUCCGGAUUUGGUAUAACAAAGUUCCAGUACAAACGGUUGUUUGGGUCGCUAACAGAGACAAUCCGCUCGAUGGCACCGCCGGUAUCCUUUCCAUCGACGGUCAUAGAAACCUCGUCUUCACCGAGACAAACCGAAGCAUCCCUAUCUGGUCUACUAACGCUUCUGUUGUCUCCGCUAACCAUUCCAUGGCUCGGCUCUUGGACACCGGGAACCUCGUUUUGGUUCAUCCACAAACCCAGCGCCAUAUAUGGCAGAGCUUUGACUUUCCGACCGACACUUGGCUUCCGUUUAUGAAACUCGGGCUCGAUCGCCGGGCUGGGCUGAACGGGUCCCUGACAUCUUGGAAGUCCAAGGAUGACACGGGAACCGGCAACUGCACCUUAGCGAUUGAUCCAACCCGGUAUCCGCAGCUGUUCUUAUACGAGGGUGGGGCUCCUUUGUGGCGGGUCGGAUCUUGGACCGGACAAAGAUGGAGCGGCGUUCCCCAAAUGACACCGAAUUUCAUCUUCAACAUCAGCUACGUGGAUAAUCAAGAUGAGAUCACCGUUGAAGACCGUCUCCUUGUACCUAACGUUUUCGCUAUUGCGGUGGUGAAGCCGUGA